UUUUUUGGCCGAAAAUCGUAAACUCGCCAGCCCCUGGCAAGGGCCCUGUGCGGAAGGGCCAUUCAUACUUGGAGACGCGCCAAAAUGGGCGCUAUCAAAUAAUUUCAUGCAGUGGAAUUAUAUGCAAGAGUUGGUAGCACAUGGUGGUGUACCGGAUACAUACAAUUUAUGUCAUAAGGAAGAAAAUACAGGUGUGUUAGAUUUGAACUCCACGUAUGUUAAUCAAUUCAUAAACUUUUUACAACCAACGAACAGCAAGAUAGUAAAUUCUGAUACACACAAGAAGGAGUUUGAUAAAUGCUUGUCAGAAUUUUCAAACCAAGUGUUUACAAACUACAAGGAAAGUUAUAGUACCCGUCGAAGAGACGAUGGAAAAGUAAAAUCAAUUAAUUUACACCAUACCGAGGAGACUACAGGGAUCCAUAGAUCUUGCAAACACGAUAGUGAAAAUUCAUCCGAAACGGAAAAACAAAUUUAUGAUCUUGAUAAAAGUAUCAGUCGUCUUUGUUAUUUGUCAGACCAUCUAAAUCUUACACAAAAUAUAGCACAGUACGAGACUUUAUCUGACAUUUUGGAACAGUAUAAAAAUACUUAUAACUUGUCUUAUGUUUCUGAAGAAAACAAACCGCUUAAUUUAAUAAAAAACUUGGGAAACAAUAAAGACUGUUCUAACAGACAAAGCAAAGAUUUAGAAAAUUUAUCUCAUAACCCAAGAAUUGAAAAAACGUUACUUAAGGAUUCUUUUAUUUUUAAGAAAAACUUGAAUGGUAAAUCUUCAUUGUUUUUAUAUGAGAAGACAAGUCCAGAUACUUCCUUUACGCAUUUGUCAUUGAAUGUUAAAAAUAUAGAUCUUAAAACUGAAUCUUCUAUAAUAGAACAUACAAAUAAGUCAAAGUACACUUAUUUUGCAACUGAUUGCAACCCAAUCUUAAGUAAUUGGGAGGAUUUCGAAAUGUCAGGACAGUAUCCAGGUCAUAGCCGACCUCCGGUUGGCACACCUCCACCACAGACAGUCUGGAAUCAUCUUACAAUGACGCAAGGUCAAGUUUCAGGCUUAAAUAUUCACCCAACAGCUUUGUCUGGUGCAGCAUUAAGUCCAGCUGGAUUUUAUACGCAUCCAUCUAUGGCGAGGGCAUCUCAUAUAACAUCGCAGCUUACACCUCAGCUUGCACAUACUCAAGCACCUCCAACAUGGCAUACACCAACCGUUCCAUCAAAAAGUGUUACUCCAGCCAAUCCAGGAAAUCCAUUGUUUAGUUUACAAAUGCUAGUAGAUAAUAGGCAGAAUCAAAGUCAGUAUAGAAGCUCGCCAGGUUCACAGAAUACGUUAGACCUGUCUUCUACAUCUGACAUUAUCCCUGAAAAUUAUUCUCGAAUACCUCAGGAUAUUCCAAUAAGUUUGACUGCAAGAAAUGUAGAUAAAAGUAGUAGAAAUGGAAAUAUUAUUUCUCCCCCGAUACCUUUAAACGGAGAAACGUCGUCAGAUAGUGGAAUUAGCUCAUCAGUUCCGACACCGAAUUCUGUCAGUGAACCAGUUUCACUUUCAACAAAAGAAGUUAUAACACCUAAAAUUACAGUAAAAAACUUUGAAAGCAAUUUAAAAGGUGUGGCAAACCUCCACGAUAAAAUUAAGGAAAUGAGUGUAGAUAAUUUUACGCAAAAAGUGAUAAAUUUACCACCUAGUGUAACAAUUGAAAGGGUAGUUCCAGAGAAAAAAGAAUCUGAAGUUACAAAAAGUAAUAAAGAUACGUUAAGUGUUAUUACGCAAGUGCCAAGAAAUGUUCUACCUGUUAUUGUAAAUCUUACCUCUAAAGGCGACAAAGAUGUAACAGACAGCCCAAAACGAGAAUCGUCAUUAGAACGAGAUCGAAAAGUUGAAGAAAUAAAUGUAAGAUCACCAAAAAAUUUACCAAAAAGAGGUAAAAAGGGUGUCGAUUCUCUGUUAGAGAAAUUAGAAGGUGGAAAUAAAAAGCUUGGUAGUGCCGAGAACAUUGGAUCUGUUAUUGUAAUGCCGGUAGAAGAAAAGGAUACAUCUAGUGUGAAAAGUAUGUCUCCUGACAGACAAAAAUCCAAAUCUCCAAACAGAGAGGAUGAAGUAGUAUCUCCAGCAUUCAGUAAUGACGAUUCCAACGAUAAUACGAAACAGCGCAGGAAAAGAAAAUUGGAGAAACCUGUACGACUUAGUAAAGAUUCCAAAACAGAAGUGGAGGACAUGGAAUUGGAGCCUACAGAACCGUCUGAACCUAGAGCAGGUGAAUCAAUAUCAGGAGAAACAACAAGUGCAACACCAGUUGUAAAAGUUGAAGAUAACGUUGACACAGCGGAACAAAGAAUACCUGACAAAGUAGAAGAAAGUGUAGAAGAGAAAACCGAAGAAAAUCAACCGAUUAGAAGGCGAAGGAGCAGUGAAAGUACACCCCCUAGUUCAACUCCAUCAAAUCAGAGGGUCCGGAGAAAAUCUAGUGACGACGCCACUGAGUUUUCAAAAGUAACGAGUCCAAAAGGUGUAAAUAAUACAAAUCCGUUUAAUGAAGUUGAAUCAGAACUAGAAAAAAUGUUUGCUGGUAUCGUUGAGCCAGAGACAGAUGUUAAAAAGGAAGAAUCAAAAACGGAACUUAUGGAACCCGAGGAUCAAGCCGGUAGUACAACGAAAUCGGAAAAUUUAGAAAAUAGUAUUCUGCAUACACAAAGUUUAAACCCUACUGACCUUUCAUCUACAAUUGAUGCAAAAUUGUCUGGGAAAAAGGGAAAGAAAACUAAAGUACAAGGAGGCAAACGGAAAAUGUCAAGAUCUUCUGAAAAUAUUUUCGGAACUAUAGGUAGUGACGUACCUCAAAAGGAAAUCAAAAAAAGGAAAUUGUCCAAAAGUUCAAAAAAACAAAAUGUAUCAAAGAAAACAAAGAAAACUACAAAAAUAGACGGAUUGAGGGAAAUGGCGUAUGACUCUGGGUCGAAUGCAAGUUCUAUCAGAUCUCGUGGACCAGUAGUUCAUGUUGAAGGUCCAAGAGACAGUCCACUAAGCAUUCAGGUAGUUAGUGCAGGGAGAAGUAAGAGACUUAGUCAUCAAAACGAUUUAGACUAUAGGGGUAAAGUCAGUAGAGCAGGUCUCUUUAGUUCAACAUUAUCAUCCCGUUAUGAUGCACAUACGACAGAUUCUACAUGGGUUUGCGUAUUUUGUAAACAAGGUCCUCAUUCUAUUAUACCUGGGGACCCUUCUCGACCACAUCCUAAUCUGGCUGGCCCUCACAUAGCACCUGGAACUUAUACUGUUCCAGCAGGAGUUUUAAGUGAUUUAUUUGGUCCGUAUUUAAUUGGUAAAGAGCGCCUGGAAGAUGGAAUUCUUUCAGCGGACGAACAGGAGAUUACUACAGAACAAAAGAAGGGUGGCAAGAAUAAGAGAAGUUUGAGAUAUGCUGGUCUGGCUGAUCAAUUUACUGCAAAAAUGGGGAAGAAGAAACGAAAUUCUGUUGAAACUAAUACUAAUUCCAUUUUUACGGGAAUGACUGUACUUCCAGGAGAAGAACAACGUUGGGAGGUUUGGCUUCAUGAACAGUGUGCCGUUUGGGCAGCUGGAGUAUACAUGGCAGGGGGCCGAGUAACAGGAUUACAAGAAGCAGUAUGGGAUGCAGCAAAGUCGAUAUGUGACUCUUGUGGUUUAACAGGUGCAAAUAUCGGUUGCGUUAAACGGGGUUGUAAAGCUGUUACACAUUAUCCUUGUGCGCUAACAAAAGGCUGGCAUUUGGAUACUAAUCAGUAUAUACCGAAGUGCAACCUCCAUCGAGUUACGUGAAAUUUCGCAUUUAACAAUUUUGAGAUGUUUUAAAAUUACGCUUUGCGUCAUUUGAUGCGUAAGUGUAUUUGAAGUGUGAAAGUAUAAAUAUCAUGACAGAUAUAUGGCAAUUUGCACACAAAAGAUAUCAAUAUGCUCGACAGAAAUACCUUCCAAUGUACAAGAUGUUCCAAUAACAAGAAUACUGUUGUUGUCUUUGAGAAUUACAAGCGAAAACGAAAAAUUAACGGAAGCGAAGAAAUGGAAUGGAAGUUCUCGUUAAUUAAAUUUAAUUAAUUUUCUUGGCCUGUGGCCUUGAACGGUGGCCUUUUCGACCUAAUGUAAAAGCAAGAUUUUUAAUUUAAAAUCUGUAGUAUAGACGAAUCGUUGCUGAGGAAUAAUAUUAAUCAAAAAGUAUUUGCUUUUUUACUCAUACUUAAUAAACUUUGAAACGUUUUGAAAAUUUUCCCCUAAAACAUCAUGUACGCAGGAAUAAAAUAUAGGGCAUAUUGUACCAAAAUUUGAAGAAAAGUCAGAAUUCGGCUAAAGUUUGAAAAUCAUAGUGUUCCAGCAAAAAAUCGUAUGUGUGUGU